GGGCCCCCCGCGAGGCCCGUGUGGGGCGGGGCGGCCCGCGCUCCCACAGCCGCCGCCGGCGCCUCAGUCGCGGGAGCUGCUGCAGCCCCGGCCGCCCAGCAAGUGGCUCGGAGCCGUGGCUUCUCCGGUGCCCCGACGCCGACCGGCCCCCGUGUCCCGCUCGCCCGCGUCUAGGCCGUGCGCAAGGCCUCUCGCCAGCGCAGAGCCCCGGGCAGACGCAGCUUCCGCGGUCUCCGCCGGCGCCCAGCAGCCAUGCCCCGGGCGACUCCGCUCGGGGUCCUGGUGUCCCUGCUGCUGCCACCGCUGCUGCUACUGCCGCCGGCCCUGGACGCCGGGGGCCCGGGCCGCUCGGAUGCCGCGGGGGGCGCCCCGGCGCUAGGAGGCGAAGAGGGCGCGGAGCCGCCGCUGGAGCUUCACCACGACCCCUGCAAGGCCGCUGUCUUUUGGGGAGACAUUGCCUUAGAUGAAGAUGACUUGAAGCUAUUCCACAUCGACAAAGCCAGAGACUGGCUCAAACCCUCGGAGGAAGCCGGGCACAGGCAUGGCACGAGUGGGUUUGAAGAGCAGCCACUUGAGAGCUGGCAGAACGUUACCAUCACAAACACCAGCAGAGGAGAAGCUAGAAAAGAUGAUCGGGACAGUGCCACGCUGCCACAGAGUGCCGGGACCUGGAAUGCCAGAUCUGAGAGCGCCCCUCCCCGUGUCAGAAGGGCCACAACCUCACGGACAGAGAGGAUAUGGCCAGGAGGGGUCAUUCCCUAUGUCAUCGGUGGAAACUUCACUGGAAGUCAGAGGGCCAUCUUUAAGCAGGCCAUGAGACACUGGGAGAAGCAUACCUGCGUGACCUUCGUAGAGAGGACUGACGAAGAGAGCUUCAUUGUGUUCAGUUACAGAACCUGUGGUUGUUGUUCUUAUGUUGGGCGCCGAGGAGGAGGCCCGCAGGCCAUAUCGAUUGGGAAAAACUGUGACAAGUUUGGCAUUGUGGCACAUGAGCUAGGCCACGUGGUUGGGUUCUGGCAUGAACAUACCCGUCCAGACAGAGACCAGCAUGUCACCAUCAUCAGAGAAAACAUCCAGCCAGGUCAGGAGUAUAAUUUCUUAAAAAUGGAAGCCGGGGAAGUGAGUUCUCUGGGAGAGACGUACGACUUUGACAGCAUCAUGCACUACGCCCGGAACACUUUCUCAAGAGGAGUUUUCUUGGACACCAUCCUUCCACGUCGUGAUGACAAUGGCGUCAGGCCAACCAUUGGCCAGCGUGUGCGGCUCAGCCAGGGAGACAUAGCUCAAGCCAGGAAGCUGUACAAAUGCCCAGCGUGUGGCGAGACCCUGCAGGACACGGCAGGAAACUUCUCUGCUCCUGGUUUCCCCAAUGGCUACCCUUCCUAUUCCCACUGUGUCUGGAGGAUAUCAGUCACUCCUGGGGAAAAGAUCAUCUUAAAUUUCACAUCCAUGGACUUGUUUAAAAGCCGCCUUUGCUGGUACGAUUACGUGGAGGUCCGGGAUGGUUAUUGGAGAAAAGCCCCUCUGUUGGGGAGGUUUUGUGGUGAUAAAGUCCCGGAGCCCCUCAUCUCCACGGACAGCCGGCUCUGGGUGGAGUUUCGAAGCAGCAGCAACAUCCUGGGCAAGGGCUUCUUCGCAGUCUAUGAAGCUACCUGUGGGGGAGACAUUAACAAGGACGCUGGUCAGAUUCAGUCUCCCAACUACCCAGAUGACUACAGACCUUCCAAGGAAUGUGUGUGGAGGAUUACAGUGUCCGAGGGGUUUCAUGUGGGGCUCACCUUCCAGGCUUUUGAGAUUGAAAGGCACGACAGCUGCACCUACGACUACCUGGAAAUCCGGGAUGGCGCCACAGAGGAGAGCACCUUGAUCGGCCACUUCUGUGGCUAUGAGAAACCAGAGGAUGUGAAGUCAAGCUCCAACAGAAUGUGGAUGAAGUUUGUGUCUGAUGGCUCUAUCAAUAAAGCAGGCUUUGCAGCCAACUUUUUCAAGGAGGUGGAUGAGUGUUCCUGGUCAGAUCAUGGCGGCUGUGAACAGCGCUGUGUGAACACCCUGGGCAGCUACAAGUGUGCCUGUGAGCCCGGCUACGAGCUGGCUGCUGACAAGAAGACGUGUGAAGUGGCCUGCGGUGGUUUCAUUACUCAGCUGAACGGCACCAUCACCAGCCCAGGGUGGCCGAAGGAGUACCCAACAAACAAAAACUGUGUCUGGCAGGUGGUGGCCCCCACUCAGUACCGGAUUUCUCUUCAGUUUGAAGUGUUUGAGCUGGAAGGCAAUGAUGUGUGUAAGUACGACUUUGUGGAGGUACGCAGUGGCCUCUCCCCAGAUGCCAGGCUGCACGGCAAGUUCUGUGGCUCUGAGACGCCCGAAGUCAUCACCUCGCAGGGCAACAACAUGCGUGUCGAGUUCAAGUCUGACAACACCAUCUCCAAACGUGGCUUCAGGGCCCACUUCUUCUCAGACAAGGACGAGUGUGCCAAGGACAACGGCGGGUGCCAGCACGAGUGCGUCAACACCUUUGGGAGCUACUUGUGCAGGUGCAGGAAUGGCUACCGGCUCCAUGACAACAAGCACGACUGUAAAGAGGCUGGCUGUGUACACAGGAUCAGCAGUGCAGAGGGGACCCUGGCAAGCCCCAACUGGCCGGACAAGUACCCCAGCCGGAGAGAGUGCACCUGGAACAUCUCUUCCACUGCGGGCCACAGGGUGAAACUUACAUUUAAUGAGUUUGAGAUUGAGCAGCACCAAGAAUGUGCCUACGACCACCUAGAGCUGUAUGACGGGCCCGACGGCCUGGCUCCCAUCCUAGGCCGCUUCUGUGGCAGCAAGAAGCCGGACCCUGUGGUGGCCUCGGGCAGCAGCCUGUUCCUCAGAUUUUACUCAGACGCCUCAGUGCAGAGGAAGGGCUUCCAGGCUGAACACAGCACAGAGUGUGGGGGUCGACUGAAGGCUGAAGUACAGACCAAAGAGCUCUAUUCCCACGCCCAGUUUGGGGACAACAACUACCUCAGCCAGGCCCACUGUGACUGGGUGAUUGUGGCAGAGGACGGCUAUGGUGUGGAGCUGAUAUUCCGGACCUUUGAGGUGGAGGAGGAGGCUGAAUGUGGCUAUGACUACAUGGAGGCCUUUGAUGGCUACGACAGCACAGCGCCGAGGCUCGGCCGAUUCUGCGGCUCAGGGCCAUUGGAAGAGAUCUAUUCUGCAGGGGAUUCUCUGAUGAUUCGGUUCCACACAGAUGACACUAUCAACAAGAAAGGCUUUCACGCCCAGUACACCAGCACUAAAUUUCAGGAUGCCCUGCACAUGAAGAAAUAAUAUCAGUGGUCCUGAAAGACAGCACCUGAGAACAUCUCAAUGACAGUAGCACCUUGUGGAUCCACCCCAAAACAAUGUACAGUAUUUGUUUUUUCCUCAAAAAUUCAAAAUCCAGUCUUGGAGGUAUAUACUGGUCAACAAGGAAGAGAGAAGCUUUCUGUUUGCCUCCAGCUACAAUGUUAUUUGAUUGUGAACUUUUUUUUUUUUGCCUCCAGGGUUAUCUCUGGGGCUCCCACGGUGCCUACACUGCAAAUUCACUGCUCCUGGAGGCCCUUUUUUCCCCAUUUUUUUGUUGCCCUUGUUAUUGUUAUUGCUGUUGGAUAAGACAGAAAGAAAAUGAGAGAGGAAGGGAAGACAGACAGGGGGAGAGAAAGAUAGACACCUGCAGACCUGCUUCACCGCUUGUCAGGCAACCCCCCUACAGGUGGGGAUCCGGGGGCUUGAACUGGGAUCCAUGAUCCAGUCUUUGUGCUUUGCGCCAUGUGCGUUAAACCUGCUGCGCUACCGCCCAGCCCUCUGACUGUGAACUUUUUUUUUUUUUCCUCCAGGGUUAUUGCUGGGCUCGGUGCCUGCACCAUGAAUCCACCGCUCCUGGAGGCCAUUUUUCCCCCUUUUUGUUGCCCUAGUUGUUGCAGCCUCGUUGCGGUUAUUAUUGCCAUUGUUGACGUUGCUUUGUUGUUGGAUAGGACAGAGAGAAAUGGAGAGAGGAGGGGAAGACAGAGAGAGGGGAGAGAAAGAUAGACACCUGCAGACCUGCUUCACCGCCCGUGAAGCGACUCCCCUGCA